CUCGCCAUCUUUGGCGCCAGGGUGGGUCGUCGCAAUGACUUGCUGACUGAGUCCUCAUUCGGCUAACAAAUUUCUGGCAGCUUGAUUCUAUCUCGGAAGCAAAGGACGUUCUCGAUGCUUUCAAUAGCUCCUCGCUGUGCAUCACAGGCAAUGGUAGCAAGUUGGCCAGGUGGGACGCACGGCUGGGUUUUACAAAGCACCCGUUCGUCUCGACGAUCCGCUCCCUCAAUGCCGAUGGUGGCCUCGUACCGAUGAUGGAUCUCGUCGCAACGCGUAUCUACCCGAUGGCAUACAUCGAGGAACAUAUGUUGAAAAGGAAUGAUGGGCUCAGCGACGCCCACAACGAGGAAGAUGAGAGAGCGCUAGAAGCGAAGUGGAUGGAGGACAGGGAGAAAGCUAAGCACGCUGUAGCGCGCGAGAUGGGGGAAGAUCUGAGCAAAUUAGAGAGGGUCGUCCGGAUCCUCGAGGACGAGCUCGAGUCGUUUGAGGACAAGAUUAUGGUGUCUGGUGAGUCAUCUUUCCUUCAGUCUUUCCAUUUGCCUGUCCCAUCUCAUGUACGUCACUUUCAGCGAGCGCAGAGGAGUGCGAGGGAAUCCUGGACGCGAUGCUCGAGUCUUCGACGCCUGCGAGCUACGUCAAAGUGCCUCACACGAUUCCAACCCUUACGUCCUUGGCACACGAGCGCUACCGCCGUGCCAUCCAUCUACACGAGUACGAGAUGGAGCAGGAGACGGACAAGAUCUGUCCACCUCGCAAGGUCAGGAGCUUUCGCCUCAUCCGCUUCAGGGACGUGCAGCCCUGCGAUGUGGCAAUCAAGCUCGAAAGUGGUGGAGGUUCUGAAGAGACAAGGAAGCCGCCUGUGGAGCUUGGUCAGGGCCUAAGCGAAAAAAGGUCGGCGUGCAGGAGGAGCCUGCUUCUGCAUGUCUGGGACGUCGACAAGAUGCAGGGCGGCAAAAAUGCCUUUGUCGUCGGACAGAAGUACCGAGUCUCCAACCUGUCGCCGACGCAGAGGGGCGCUUGGGUGGGGGGACCAAAUGCAGAGACCGACGUCUAUCUGACGACGAGGAGGGACACAAAG